GGUGCGGGGCGGCUGUGGGCUGGGGCAGCGAGCUUAGGGGGUGCUGGGGAGUGGAGUCAGGCAGCUGCGCUCCGCGCGUCCCUGAUUGCGCCGCCCUCGGCGCUGCUCGCGGCUUUUAGAGGCGUGUGGGAAGGGGUGGUCACUGGUCAGCGCCGUGUGCGUGCGGUGCUCGGGAUCGUGGGGUAAUGGUUAAAGAAAAACUGAAAGCUCUGCGGAAGCAUCGGUUUACUUGUUAGCUCAGCACGCUGUAAAUUAACUGCUGAUAAGUUAAUGAGCUAGCUAACGUGUGGAUCCAUGCUGUGUGCUGUGAUAUUUUUCUUAGAGCAACAUAAGGAAGUUUUUUCUUUAGAAACGGGAGUUGAACGGGAAGAUUUAGAAUGACAGAGAUACCUUGCUUUUACAAGAGUACUGAGACUUACGGGUGUUAUUUGUGAGGGAUGGAUUUUGGGUGACCAAUGUGGUUUGGCAAUUUUUCCAGUAUCCCAUAGGAAAGGAUUUUUUUCUGGUUUUUUUUUUUUUUAAUUUCUUUCUUAUUUUUUUUUUCCUCCUUUUAACCUGGGAAAUACUAUCGAGGAGCACCUCUCCUGUGAAGAAGGUUGAGGGAGUUGGGCUUCUUCAGUCUGAAGAAGAGAAGGCUCUGGGCAGACCUCACUGUGGCUUUCCAGUGCUUAAAAGGAGCUUUUAAACAAGAGAGAAAUCAACUUUUUACACUGGUUGAUAGUGAUAGGGCAAGGGGAAAUGAUUUUAAACUAAAAGAUGGGAGAUUUAGAUUAGAUGUUAGAGAGAAAUUUUUCACUGAGAGGAUGGUGGGGCUCUGGUGCUACUACCCAGAGAGCUGUGGUUGCCCCAUCCCUGGAGGUGCUCAAGGCCGGGUUGGAUGGGGCCCUGGGCAGCCUGAGCUGACUGGGGGCAGUGAGCCCCCAGCAGGGGGGUUGGGACUGGAUGGGCUUUAAGGUUUCUUCCAACCUAAGCCAUUCUGUGAUUCUAAAUACAAGGAACUGUCCCGUAGUUGCCUCAGAACAUCAACUUAAUGAUCGUCAUUUGGAGACUUCCAGCACGAGAUUUCUGGAGACUGCUAUAAUGAGUUCCUCACUGGUUGCUUAUGAUGAUUCAGACCCUGAGGCAGAAACUGAAAAGGCUGAAGAUCUCGGUGGUAGCAGACAAGCAAGCCUUCUGAGUUCUUCUGCAAAUCCUGCUCAGCACUUUGCACCUGGUAUUUUGGGUACAAAAUCUACAUAUGAAACGCAGCUUACUGAGAACACUGAAAAUUUUGGCAUGAGCAUUGUUUGCGAAGAUCCCCCUGAGCAUUAUGCACUGAAUAAUAACAGUGAUUUGACAUCUUAUUGUAGGAGAGCGUACUCUAGUCCUACUGCAUUAUGUAUGCCCAACAAAAGCUAUGAACAGACAUUGAGCUCUUCAAGAAACUCUGGAAGCGGUGCUUUCCAGAAGAGAACACUUAGAGAUAAUCCAGCUGCCCUAGAAGGAAUUAGACCGUAUAUCCCUAAAAGGUUACGUCAAGAAAAUUCCAGAGCCUGUGAAAAAAGAGAGCUGGAUCAAAGCGAGAGCUCCAGUUGUGAUGUGAAGCUAGAUGUACCAGGAGAGCAGACAGUGAGAAAGAUAUCUGAAUUAAUUAAGCCAUAUUUAGGAUCCAGAUAUAAAUUAACUGAAGUUCCAAAAAGCUUAAUAUUUCAUAUGUCUAAACACAACGGCCCUGUUAAUGCAAUCCAGUGGUGUACUGUACGAGAACAAAGUCAUAUGCUUCUCUCGGCUUCUAUGGAUAAAACAAUAAAGGUAUGGGAUGCUGUGGACACAGGCAGUUGUUUGAGGACGUUUUCCUGUCAUUCCUGUGCUGUCCGAGCUGCCCAGUGGUCAUCCUGUGGAAGAAGGAUCCUCAGUGGUGGCUUUGAUUCUGUGCUGCAUCUAACAGAUGUGGAGACAGGGAAGCAAAUCAUCAGCAGUAAAACUGAAUUUAGAAUCAGCACGCUGAAGUUCCACCCUUCAGAUUCAAAUGUUUUCAUUUGUGGAGGGUUCAGUCCAGAAGUUAAAACAUGGGAUAUUAGGAUUUCUAAGAGCCUGAGAAAAACACUUGGAGCAGUUGCUACCAUACCACUACAUGCUGAGAUCACAGGAAGCAGAGCUGGAAGGGACCUCAGGAGAUCAUCUAGUGUCUCUCACCCUACAGUGACAAGAGUGUACAAAGCUGCAGUACAACAGACGUUGGAUAUUCUCUUUCUUCCUGAAGGCAAAGAAUUUCUUACAAGUACAGAUGCAGUAAGCCGAGACUCAGCUGAUCGUACUAUCAUUGCAUGGGACUUCCAGAGUGCUGCAAAAAUUUCCAAUCAAAUUUUUCAUGAGCGUUACACUUGUCCAAGUCUGGCUCUGCACCCAAGAGAGUCUGUGUUUGUUGCUCAGACAAAUGGGAACUACGUGGCAUUGUUUUCCUCCCAGCGACCUUACCGAAUCAACAAAAAGAAGAGAUACGAAGGACAUAAGGUGGAAGGAUUUGCAGUGGGCUGUGAGUUUUCUCCAGAUGGAACACUUCUGGUGACAGGAAGUUCAGAUGGCAAAGUGUUUUUCUAUAACUACCAUACUUCUAGGAUUGUUCGUACUUUGUCGGCACAUAGAGAAGCUUGUGUGAGUGCAGUAUUUCACCCAGUACUGCCAUCACUCCUUGCAACUUCUGAUUGGGCUGGAGAAAUCAAGAUCUGGCAAUAACAAGCAAAGUAACUUUUCUCUUCAUCCAUCAAAGGCUUUGGUGUUUCGGAGGGAAUAAACUAUGAUAUGCAAUGUGAUAUUUGUUGUGAUGUGUUGUAGGCAGCAGAGACUUAUCUUUUCUUCUUGGACCGCUAAACAUACGCUUUCAUAAUGCAGUUAAGAGGAUUCUGUGAUUAGCUGCUGAGCAAAGAAGUGUUCUCUCUCCCUGGGCCCUGGUGACAAAUUUCUGCCUUUUUUGCGCCAAUGUGCUGGUGCUUGUCUAGCCCAACCCUGGUGUGAGAAUCUAGACUUGAAGAAAAUUAUUACCCUUUUUAUGUAGCUUUUACUUCAGCUUUCUUAAACCAGAUUGUCACUAGCUUAGCUCCUUGCCCUGGUCACUGAUGUGUCAGUCAAGGGAUGAUGUAUUUCUUUGUCGAUACACAGUUCAAGGCAAAACAACGUCGUACAUGCAAGAGGGGCAAGGUCACAGGACAGAUGGGACUGCCUCUUUUGGAAACAGGCAGGUAUUACCAGCCCAGCUUAUAGUAAAAUGUUCUCUCAGAGUUUUAAGGGAAGAAAUUGGAGAUAAUUUUGAGGUCAGUAAGUUUGUGCUCCCUAGAUUCCUAUAUUUAAGAUUAUGAGUUUUGAAGUCAAAUGUGUGACUGUAUAUAGUCAAAACAAAACUAUGUGUAAAUAUUUUUUUAAUGGAAAAAAUAAAACUUUUUUUAAUACAA